AUGCCAAGUACUAUGGAUGAGAAACGCCUUACACAGUUGUCUCUGGCGUCAGUCGAAACUGAUCCAAGGCCAGCUGGUGUCUCCCACGAUGGAGCCGACUCCGGGACCCUUACCACUGUCUUGUUGGCCAAUAACAUCCACUGCGCAUCCUGCGUUGCCUUUGUCAAAGAGGUCCUCGCUUUCCUUCCAUCUAUCGAAGAUGUGGAGGUCUCUAUUGUGACUCAGGAAGUGCGCAUCCAUCAUGGGUCAGAGCUUGCAACAUCAGACCUGGCCUCAGCGUUAAUUGAUGCUGCUUUCGAGGUCCACCAUGCAACGACGUACAAUGAAGCUGGCUCGAUCGUCGUGGAGAUUGAUACAUCGUCAUGGUCCUCUUAUAGUAACCGAUUCGUUUCCUCCUCCUUGCUUCCUACUCCAGGCUCCCCGAAACCAUGGCAGGACCGUGGCCAGAGAGCCUCCGCACGACGCAGGCACAUCGAGAACUGUGAUGUUUGUAGGUGGGAGGAGCUCGCAAAGUCGAGAAGCGAAGACAGCCAACCAAACUACGAAAUCUACAAAGAAAAGUGGAAAUAUACGGGAAGCAAACCCCUGUAUGACAAGCGGGUCUCUGGUGAUGGUGACACAAGAAAUCUUAUCUCCGUCAGUGGUACAAGAAACAACAGGCCAGAUCUCCUAUCCCAGCCGCGACCGCUCCCCAAUGAAACUCAACAGCCGAUGUCAAUGCCAAAUCACCAAAUAGGACCGGCUGAGACAGAACCGCCAAACCCGCCUGAGGAGUUCGAUGCUCGCAUUAGCAUAUCUGGAAUGACCUGUGCAGCAUGUGCCAAUUCGGUCACCGAUUCUUUACGACAGUUGGACUUCGUUACAACGGUGUCAGUGAAUCUGUUGACCAACAGUGCCACACUGACAUAUCGUGCUCCAAAAGAAAAUAUUGACAAAGUCAUUCAAGAGAUUGAGGACAUCGGCUUUGAAGCCUCGGUCGAUGAUGUCACUGUCAAGUGUCAGCCACGAUCAGAGGACUUCGAAGCACGCAUCAGCAUUGGCGGCAUGACCUGCGCAUCCUGUGUGAAUUCUGUUACCAGUCAAGUCAAGCAGCUCGAUUGUGUGAAAGACGUCUCUGUGAGCCUCUUGACAAACAGCGCGACAGUCAUCUACUCUGGCGCCCAGUCCGAAGUCGAGCGGAUCAAAAAUGAGAUCGAGGACAUUGGUUUUGAGGCUUCGAUUGAAGAAGUCCGCCCGUUAUCAAAUCGUAGUUCAGAGCCACGGAUUCCAACAAAUUAUACUGCGAAUAUCAGCAUUGGUGGCAUGACGUGCGGGUCAUGUGUUGGGACAGUCACGCGAGGUCUGCAGGAGCUCCCCUUUUUGAAGAGUGCUUCUGUAGAUCUGUUAUCCAACAGCGGGAAGGUGGAAUUCGAGGGCAAAGAGAACCUAAGCAAGAUCAUCGAGAAGAUCGAAGAUCUAGGUUAUGAUGGUGCCGUCAUUGAAUGCGUGCCUCUGACGACCGAAGACCCCAAAGAUUCUGUUGCUUCCUCGACCAGAACCAUCAUGAUUCGUGUGGAUGGAAUGUUCUGUCAUCACUGUCCAGAGAAGAUUCUUGAAUCCUUGAACGCCCUCUCCGAUACUUCCUUCGAAAUUGAGCAGAGCCCUUCUGUCAAGAAUCCAAUUCUGAAAAUCACAUACACGCCGCAGCAGCCAUCAUUAACUGUGCGGAAGAUCAUCUCAGCUAUCAAUUCCGCACAUCCUGCCUUCAAAGCAAGCGUCUAUCACCCUCCGAGCAUCGAGGAUCGUUCCCGCGCAAUGCAGUUGCAUGAGAGGCGUCGAUUGCUAUCUCGUCUGCUCUUCGUAUUUGUUGUGGCCAUUCCCACCUUUAUUAUUGGUAUCGUCUUCAUGUCGCUGGUGUCGCCAGACAAUAAAAUUCGGAUUUUCCUGGAGCAGCCGAUGUGGGCCGGAAUGGUGUCCCGGAUAGAAUGGGCCCUUUUCAUUAUGACAACCCCUGUGAUGUUUUAUGGAGCGGAUGUCUUUCACAUUCGUGCUAUGAAGGAGAUUAGAGCUCUCUGGCGGCGAGGGAGUAAGGUUCCGAUCUUGCGACGAUUUUAUCGAUUCGGUAGCAUGAAUCUUCUUAUCUCUGCCGGGACAAUGGUCGCCUACGUCGCUUCACUGGCUGUCCUCAUAGUUGGCGCUACGACAAAUACUCCGUCAGGCGCUGGCAUGUCAACCUACUUUGAUUCUGUUGUCUUCCUCACCCUCUUCAUUCUCGCAGGCCGCUCGUUGGAAGCGUACAGCAAAGCAAAGACAGGAGAUGCUAUCACGGCUUUGGGAAAGCUCCGACCGACAGAAGCAUUAUUAGUCACCAACACUGCCAGCGAUGGAAGUGAAUCAGAAACUGAAAACUCUGAUGGGAAUGGCAAGAUUCAGCGUAUCGAUGUCGACCUCUUGGAAAUUGGUGACACGGUCAACGUCCCUCACGGGGCUUCCCCACCAGCUGAUGGGAUUAUUACAGGGAGUGGACAGUAUCAAUUUGACGAGAGUUCAUUGACGGGAGAGUCCAGGCCUGUGACAAAGACAAAAGGUGAUAUGGUCUAUUCAGGUUCCGUUAAUGUCGGUCAGCCGGUGUCAGUCGUGGUGACAGGGCUCGGUGGUACCUCGAUGCUGGACCAGAUUGUAGGAGUCGUACGGGAAGGCCAGAGCAAACGCGCGCCGUUGGAAAGAGUUGCUGAUCUCAUCAUCGCGUAUUUCGUGCCGGUGAUCACGCUCAUCGCGAUCCUUACCUUUGUCAUUUGGUUUGCGCUCGGCCAGUCGGGAACUCUACCUGCUGGAUAUCUUGACAAUCCACUCGGAGGAUGGGCUUUUUGGAGCUUACAAUUUGCGAUUGCGGUUUUCGUUGUGGCUUGUCCGUGUGGUCUGGCGCUUGCUGCUCCAACAGCGCUUUUUGUGGGCGUGGGAUUGGCGGCAAAGCGAGGUAUCCUUGUCAGAGGUGGCGGCGAAGCUUUCCAGGAAGCAACUCGUCUGGAUGCGAUCGUUUUCGACAAGACCGGCACUUUGACCGAAGGUGGUAGCCUGAAGGUUUCCGAUCACGAAGUGCUCACAAAGGAGUCAGAGCAGGAACUAGUCGCCUGGACUCUCGCUCAUGAACUCGAGCAGAAAAGCAAUCACCCCAUAGCGAGGGCGAUCUCUGAUUUUUGCAGUUCCAAGGCGUCCUUGUCGGUGUCUUCGUCCGAUAUCACUGAGAUACCUGGCCAAGGAAUGAAGGGAAUGUUUACUCUUUCAGUUGAUGGCCCCGAAGUCACGUAUGAAGCGGCCAUUGGCAAUGAGCGCCUUGUGCGAUCACUUUCUUCAUCUGACUUGGAAUCAUACUUCUUCUCCAAUAUACUCUCUAGAUACCAGUCUACUGGGAAAUCUACUGCGAUCCUAGCAUUACGCAAGUUGUCCGGAACUGAGUCUGAGAAGUCUCAGUUUACCCCGGCCAUCAUAUUCGCAACCUCAGAUCCAAUCCGUGCGGAGUCUGUGGAAGUGAUCUCACAGCUUCAGAAACGACACAUUGACGUUUUUAUGUGCACUGGCGAUAAUGAAACAACCGCUCACGCUGUCGCAGCAAGUCUGGGCAUUCCUCGGUCAAACGUGAUGGCCAAUGUCUUGCCAACUCAGAAGGCAGAGUUUAUUCGGAAAGUUCAGGAAGGUACAGCGACCGAGGUGAAUGGAGGCCGGAAAGGAAAGACGAAGCGACCGAUUGUCGCCUUUGUCGGUGAUGGCACCAAUGACUCGCCAGCCCUUGCAGCCGCUGACGUGAGUAUCGCCAUGGCAUCGGGAUCUGAUGUGGCAAUCAAUUCCGCGAGCUUUAUUCUGCUGAAUUCGAACUUGAGCACCAUCCUCGAGCUUGUUCUUCUCAGCCGUCGGGUCUUUGCUCGUAUCAAGAUGAACUUUGGCUGGGCCGCUGUGUACAAUCUCUGUCUGGUCCCCAUCGCAGCCGGGGUGCUGUACCCAAUCGACACAGGGACAACGCAAAAUCUCGUAGGGGGUAGUAUGGUGACGGUCGAAAGCCACUGGAGGUUGAGCCCAGUGUGGGCGGCACUCGCGAUGGCUCUUAGCAGUGUUUCUGUUGUGUCGAGCAGCCUGGCCCUGCGGAUUGAAGGAAGAAGGACCAUUCGGAAGUUCCUCAAAAGAUAA